AUAAAAUGUCACAUCUUUAUUUGAGUUUGGUACAACAGCUCUGUCAAAAUGAUCCUUUCUGCUUGCCUUUUGAACGCGAUCCUCGCCCUGGCUCAUGCCACGCCUUUCGAUCGGGAAAGGAGGGAUCCUGGGAGAGCAAUGACCUGGAGCGGCUGGAUGCCGGGAAGCGGUAUGAGCGUCUUCGCUAGUUCCGAAGACCCCUGGGGCCAACCGUCCGAAGGCUUCCGACCGCCGAACUCCAUGGGCAACGGUUGGUCCUUCGAAGGGCCCGGCACCUUCGGAGAUCCGAGUGUCAAGCAGUUCGACGAAGACCAGGUGAAGCCGAAGCCCGUCGAAGACGAGAAAGAGCAUAAACCGAUCAAACCGUUCCACAGCAAACCGAGGAAAAGCUAUGACGAUGAAUACGAUGACAGGAGGCACUCUGGUUCCAACGCCAAUGCUUCGUUCAACGCCUGGUUCCCCAUUAUGCUCGGCAUGUACCCAGGGAGUGACACGAGGACCAAAGGAUCGGAUCAACACCCCGACGACAGAGGAAGCGUUGCCGCGAUAGCCAACAGCGUCAACCACGGAAGAAGUGGAGUCGCUUCAAGCCACGCUAUAGUCUACAGCGGUCAGCAACCGAACAAUCGUAACUCGAACAAAUUCUGAUGCCUCGACGACCUAGCUAAAAAAAAAUUUUUUGUAAAUAAGUUUCGAUCAUAACUUUCAUCAAAACAAAACUCGAUUGUAUACGACUGAAAAUAAAGAGGAUUAUUGUAGAAAAA